UUCAAAUUUUCUUUGUCAUUUGCUGCCCCACUUCUUAAUCCCAAUCUCUCUUUUCUUUUUCCCUUCCAAGUCUGACUAUUCCUUCCAAAAAUAAGUAUAAGCUUUAGUAAUUAAUUUUUUUUUCUGGAGUUUGAUGUAAAAUAAAGUUGAUCAUGAUGCAAUCGGUGAAAUACUGGCUAUCAGAGCAUCCGUCGAUCGUGAACUUCCGUUGGAGCCAAUCGUUUGGCUCCACGUGGUCCUUCCUCUUCUCCGCCAUCGCCGUCUAUGUCGUCACCGCUAUCACCCUCCAUGUCUUCCUCUCUCUCAUCCUCCCUAAACGUCGACGGGUCCCUCUAGGACCAAUCCCAGCCAUCCACAGCCUCUGCAUCUCCUUGAUCUCCGUCGUCAUUUUCGUCGGUAUCCUCCUCUCCGCAGCCACCGAGAUUCGCUAUACGCGAUGGUUCUGGCGCCGCACGAAAACCAUCACCACCCCAUUCCAAUGGUUCCUCUGCUUCCCGCUCGGAACGCGCCCUUCGGGGCGCGUGUUCUUCUGGUCCUACGUUUUUUACCUCGCCCGUUUCCUUCACCUCUUCCGAACAUUCUUCACCAUCCUUCGCCACCGUAAAUUAACUUUCUUUCACCUCUUUAACCAAUCAAUUCUUCUAUGCAUGUCUUUUCUAUGGCUUGAAUUCUCUCAAUCGUUUCAAGUCUUAGCCAUUUUAUUAGCCACUUUAUUAUACUCCGUGGUUUAUGGGUACCGAUUCUGGACGGCGAUUGGGCUCCCAACCGCCUGCUUCCCUUUCGUGGUGAAUUGCCAGGUGGUGCUUCUGGGGUGUAACUUGGUCUGCCAUUUCGGGGUUCUUUCACUGCAUUUUCUGAAAGGUGGGUGCAACGGAAUGGGAGCUUGGGGUUUCAACUCUGUUCUCAAUGGCGUAAUUCUUGGGCUCUUCCUCAAUUUCUACGUUAAAAGACAUUUAAGGAAGAGAAAUGCUGACGACAUUAGCGGACAUGGUGGUUCUUCUUCUUCUUCCGCUCGUUCCUGUAGCAGUUCGGCGUCGGAAAUAAAGGGUGAAUGAAUUUCUUCACCAACGUCAUUUUUCUUCUUUAAUCUCUGUUCUAUGCUUAGUUUAUGGAGAAGAACAGGUAAAAAUUUCUCAAUCUGUAAAGUUUGUAAGUGUAUAAAUCGAUAGAUUAUUCUAUAAACGAAUGAAUAAGAAUUAGGACAUGUUAUUUACAUUUGUUUGGUUUUUUUUUUUUCUUAAUGAAAACAUCUUUAAGUGGUUAGUUGUUACAAAACAUGCCUGUCAGCAAUUAAUGUUGUUUUGGAGAAUAUGAUGUUAGUAUUUCUUAUCUAGGAGCAAAACACAUGACUUUGAAAAGUUUUUUUUUUUUUACAGUACUUCAACACCAAAAAAGGGGUUUUAAUUUAAGUUGAAAAAAUCAACCAAAGAAAAUUCUGUUUCUUUUUCUUCUUUAGAUAUGUUUGUUUUGUUGGUUUGCUGUUCAUUACAAAGACUGGUAGGCGAAGCUUCCAUGUCUCAGAAUCAGAUUCUCAGUUAUAACUCUCAGUACAUCAUCACAUACGUAUGAUCGUGUCUUAUUAAACAAAUUUAGGUCUUGUAUAAUUGUGUUGGUAUCAAUCCGUUUAUGUUACGAAAAUAUUGUCUCUUACGUAAGUUGACGGGGCUAACAUGUAUA